AUGGCUUCCGCGGGCAGCCUCCCUGCCUUAUUCGCCGUACAGAGUCGACUAGAUGACGCUUUAGAUGACGCCGCUUCGCGGCAAGAGCAAGAAAAACUUGUGUACGAGUAUUUGCUUAAAGUAGACGACAGAGAGGAUCUGAAAAUACCCGAUUUCCAAACAGGUUUGGAAUGGCUGAAUACAGAGGGCCCACUGUCUUUUGCUAAGGAACUGGAUGGUAAAGUGGUGCUACUGGAUUUCUUCACUUAUUGCUGCAUCAACUGCAUGCACAUCCUGCCUGACCUACACCAGCUAGAGAAGAGGCAUUCUGUCAAAGAUGGACUGGUUAUUGUAGGUGUGCACUCUGCAAAGUUCCCCAAUGAAAAAGUCCUGGAGAACGUACGCAGUGCUGUGCUCCGCUAUGACAUCCGCCACCCAGUGGUAAACGAUAGUGAGGCGCUCCUCUGGCAUCAGCUGGAGGUAGCCUGCUGGCCUACACUGGUCGUGCUGGGACCACGUGGCAAGCUGCUGUUCUCCUUGGUGGGGGAAGGCCACCGCGACAGGCUGACACUUUUCGCUGACACAGCGAUGCGAUACUACAGGGAGCGGGACCUGCUGAAGACACACAGUGUAGGGAUCAAGCUGUACCGGGACUCCCUGCCAUCCAGCUGCCUCUCCUUCCCUGGAAAGCUGGCUGUGGACCACAGCACCAAAAGGUUGGCUAUAGCAGACACGGGCCAUCACCGAAUCCUAGUGGUGUCCUUUACCGGGCAGAUGUUGCACGCAGUAGGAGGGCCCGAGAGCGGCAGACAAGAUGGUGAUCUGUCAGAAGCUUCCUUCUUCUCCCCUCAAGGCGUGGCCAUCAAAGGUGACACGGUGUACGUGGCCGACACAGAAAACCAUCUCAUCCGAAAGAUUGAUUUGCUGGAAAGACGAGUCAGCACCUUAGCUGGAGUUGGGGCUCAGGGCACAGACAAAGAGGGCGGGGCUAUGGGACCUCAGCAGCCAAUCAGCUCCCCUUGGGAUGUGUGCCUGGGUACUGCUGGUGGUGCCAAGGAGAAUGUGCUGUGGAUAGCGAUGGCAGGGACCCACCAGAUCUGGGCUUUGUUCCUAGCAGAUGGAAAGCUUCCCAAAGGAAGCGAGUCCAAAGCAGGGACGUGCAUACGAUGGGCAGGCAGCGGAAGCGAGGAGAACCGAAACAACGCCUACCCACACAAAGCCGGCUUCGCCCAGCCCUCAGGCUUGGCUCUGGCCCCAGAGGAAUCCAAUGGCUGCCUGUAUGUCGCUGACAGCGAGAGCAGCACCAUCCGCUCCCUGGCACUGAAGGACGGAGCUGUCAAGCUACUGGUUGGUGGAGAAAGAGACCCACUGAACCUCUUUGCAUUCGGGGACGUGGAUGGGAAAGGUGUGGACGCCAAGCUGCAGCAUCCUCUCGGUGUGGCCUGGGCUGCUGGUGGAAGCCUGCUGUACGUGGCUGAUUCCUACAACCACAAGAUCAAGGUGGUAGAUCCAAAGACGAAGCAGUGUUGGACACUAGCUGGGACAGGAGAGGCUGGAGAUGGUCUGGGGCCAGGAUUUGCCGAGUCUGUCUUUAAUGAGCCUGGGGGACUGUGUGUGGGCGAGGGGGACAGACUACUGUACGUGGCCGAUACCAACAACCACCAAGUCAAAGUGCUGGACCUGGACACCAGGAUGGUUUCACGGUUCCCCAUUUCAUUUGACCACACAGACUCGGUCCCCACGAAGUCUUCGGUAUCGUCUGCUCAAGUCCCCUCGCUGCCUAAAUCUGCUCCCAGGGUGGAAAUGCCGCCGCUGGCCGUGGCUCCGGGCCAGACGCUCACCAUGGCCCUGACCCUGUCACUUCCAGAAGGAGCCAAGCUCACUGAAGAGGCCCCGAGCUCGUGGAGACUGUCCUCUGACGGUAAUGAGUGGUUGCUAGAGAGCCAGGAAGUUACUGGCAACAUCCUGGACCUGUCCAGUCCCCUCCACAUCUCCACCAAACUCCCAGCCAUUACGAAGACGAGAGACUCCACCCCAACCCUCACCUUGAGCGUCUGGGUGUUCUUCUGCCUGCCAGCGGACAGAGCAUGCAUGAUGAGAGCGGUGUCCUUUGUCCAGCCUCUAGAGAUGGACACUAACGCAGGAGGGGAAGAGGUCACUGUGGCAUUGGCUCACGCCUUCUAAAACAACCUCCACCCUCUCUGUCCAGUGUUACAUUGUCCACAGACAAACUUCACUUCACCGUUUCUUCAGUGUUGAAACUUCAGCUCUGCUCUAUUUGAGCUCUUGCAAUAGGAUAAUUUCUUCCUUCUUAGGGCGUUGUUGUUUCUUAAAGCUGUUACUUUUGUGAAAAAUGCAGUUUAACCAUAACAAACUUUUCAUGGAAUAUCUAAAUAUAAACUGAUAAGAAACCCCCUUAGUUAAAACUUAUGUAACCAGUCUGCAGGGCAGUUGGCUGAAUUGCUUGUUGUUUGAUUACUGCUGAUAAGACAGACCGAGCAGCAUUCAGUUUGAAACCAGGGAAGUCCUUCAACAAGCCAAACUACAGAUUAAAACAUUUGGGAACACUUUGUGAAAAGUACAGCUUUUUUAUAGGCUCCCAUGAACUCUAUGAAGACACUGUCCUGAAGUUUUGUUUUUGGAAGUGAAGGCUAAACCAAAAGGUUUUACCCUGCCAGCCAGUUUUUAUCCUGACUCACGUUCCAACACCAUGUACACUAGGAAACAUGAAAGGGAAACAUUCAAUUUGUAAAGAAAUAUUGGGAUGUUAUCAACGUGUACUGUAACUUUAAUAAUAGAGAGCGAGUGUUGUGUGGCAGUCACAGAAAUUCGUUCACCUAAUAUCUAAUUAUAAAAGAAAAGACCUUUUUAAAAAUUGUCAAGCUCUUAAGUACUGUUUUAAAAAGGAAGUGGUGGCACCCUUCCAUUUUGCAUUUGUUACCAGUAGUAUAGUUGGUGGUGGUGGGGUCAGAAACCAUGUGGCCCAAUCAUAUUGGAGACACUCCAAACUCCAGUAAGAUGUAGAAGUUGGAGCGGUGCAGCAAAGUGUGCCAUGAAGAGAAAUGAUGAGCUUUAAAUAACAAUUUGCCUGCACUACUGUCACAAGUAACAGACGAGUAUGGCCGACUCCUCAAAUGUUCUUUUGAGGUUUUUUCUACAUCGUAUGAGGGUGUUUUGUGAUGAAGAGGAUAGACUUCCAAAUUGUCCAAAACCUUUCCUCUUGUUUUCCCUUAACUGGUUGAUAAGAACAGAAUGGAACUUGGUCUCUGUGCCUCUGAAAAGUGAUCUAUGUAAAAUUGCCGUCACUGUUAUCUAUGCAGAUAGUACAUGUGUAAAAUGUGCAGCCCUGCCGUAUUCCCAUACAUCUUCUCUGUACGGCCCUGGAUUAGGUCGUUCCAUACAAGGACACAAGGUCACAAUUUGGCGGCAGACUUUCAAAAUAUGUCUAUCUCGUGUUUGUCUUUGUCAUAUUUAUGUCGCCACUUUAUGAAUGUUCACAGAAGUGGGUUAUGCACAGACGAGGAGGUGAUAGUCCCAGCUACAAGCGUGCGUUGCUUCUGCGUCCCCUGACUGAUUGAUUAUACUGCGUGUUUUAAUGGCAUCGGGAGCCUUUAUGACUGAUCAAAUAAAUUUGGCUGCUGUUCCAGUGGCAAAAUAACAAACAAAGUGCCUAUUUUAAAUUCAAGUAGGCAGCUGCUUCCAUGUGAAUAGACCAUACUUAGAUGGCUGCUUCGUCCCAGUGCGUUGUAUAAAAUGUUAUUUUUGGAAGAUGAAGCCAGUGAUGGUAAUGACUGUAAUCUGUCACGCAUUUAUACGCCUUGUCUUGACACAACAAACUCGGAGAUGUUGUGAUUGGGGGCUGUUGUGAUUAAAUUCAGUAUAAAACUACGUUAUUGAUGUUCCAAUGUUAUAACCCAAAAAAGUUAGUCAUCUUUCCCUGUUUGUCUCAGGAAUGAGCUUCUAUUGUCGUCAUGAUGGCCCAUCAUGAUGGUGUCUGUAGGACUUUAUUCAUACGUGUUCUGACAGCUUCACCGAGGUGCCUUACCAUGUAUGUUGUGAUUCGAUCACGGUCUCCAAAGCAGCAUCAUAUACUGAAGUGAUGGGUAAGAUGCUUGAUUCCCUCAAGUUCACUCCGACUCCACUAGAAACAUUUUACUGUUUAGCUCUGCUGUCUGUCAUUGCUGAUGAGCAGUAAUGAGUUGGGAGGACUUCCCCUGUUUGUUCUCUCACCAUCUAAUGGUUUCUUCUGCCUCCCAAACGUAACUACAUCUUUUAACUGUUUGGAUUUUUGUUUUGUUUUUUCUAUUCCUGUCGAGGGGACCUCUAAAGCGGUUAGCUUGUGAGCGCUGCUCUAUGAAUUGCAACAGAGUAAUAUAACGGAAAAUAAAACCUAUUUAA